AUGGAAGCUAAGAACGCCGGUGCGACAUUGAUGCUCAUGUACGAGGACGAGUCGGUGGACGUUCGUUACGCUGACGGAGCGCAGUUACAGCUGUCGCCGUGCGGCUCUGAGUUCGUGCUGGUGAAAGCUGCAGACCCCUGCGCGCAUCCGCUGCAGCCCGCCGAGAGGGUCCGACAGAGGACCAGAUUCACCAUCAGCACUUACAAAGAGUUGAUGAUAUCUGCGUUGGCUUUUAGAAAUAAAUACGCCAGUCGACCCUAUCUGCCAGAAGAAAUCAUUUCUGCAGACCAGAAGAAGCCUUUUUUCAGCAUUGAUUCAGAUGUGCAGUGGCCCGAAUGGUCAGCCAGCGUGGCCGAUCUCACGCCUGCUGGAGAGACCAGGAUCACUUCAGAGGAGGGACGAGCUGAGUUGGUGCUGUCGCCAUCAGGCGAGGAGUUCUCAGUGAAGUUCCUGUGCCUCGUCAGUAACGCUCAAAAGCAGCCCCACAGAGAUCCUGAUUCCAGUGGAGGUGGUCGUCUGAGCCGUGAUACCAGCAGUGAUCAGACCAAACUGGAAUCGAGAAGCAAGAGGAAAGACUCGACUCCAUCAAGAUCUUGUUCUCCUCUCAUGAUUUGCACUGAACACUCAAAGCCUGAACAGAUGUACCAGUCUGUGACAGUGAUUCAGCAUCACUCCUGCUCUGCUGUGCCUCCAGUGUGGGUCUACCCUCUCUCCUUGGCUCACCGUCAUUGGAAAACUCAUUUCUCUAAAUUAAACUGUGCUGAAACUGGGAAAACGAGCAGUUCUGGCCAGGUGGACAGUGGUGAAAGCCUGCCAAAUACACCCAGUGAAGAGAGGAGGUCACAGCUUCCUCAGGCGCUGCCUCUAACAUGUCCAUCACCUCACCGGCACAGGUGGAUAGUUAAAAAUCCCCUGGCCAGAGAAGAACCCACAGACCUUCCAUCAGAGCUGGUGAAAAUAAUGUGGUGUCAAGGGGUCACUUACAGGAUUCUGAGCGGUGCUGUGUCAGUCAUCGAGAUUUCCCCUGGAGACGGAUCAGUCAUCCGGUCUAAUGGGGUCCUUGACUCUUAUUUUACCCAUCACAAACCAGAGCUUCACUCAAAACAGGUGAAAGAGCUGACUUAUCAUGUGAGCAGUCUUCCACCUGAAAUUCCCGGGCAGCCUUACUCUGUAUCCUCCAUUGUGAGUCGGGCUAGUAGGAUCCUCGUUUGCUACAACCAGACCCUGCAGUUACUGAAGUUCACUGUGACGCCAAGCUGCUUACAAGAGGAGAAUCAUUUUUUGAAGCCAAAACUGUUUGAAAAUGCUUCACCUGUCAACCAAGACAUGAUUAUCACACAGAAUCCAGACUGGCAGUCAGAGCUUGUUGCUGCAGAACUGGAGAAAAUAAAGCGGUUCAACUUUCUACUGGAGAACAGCCGCAUGCUCGGCACUGAGAAAGGCCGUGCAGACCUGAGAGACAACUCUGCAGAUGUGAUUCAUCAACCAAUGAACGAGAACUGCAUCGCUGAAGCUCUUCAAAGGACCUCGAAAGCCAUUCAGGACAUUGACGCUGUCAUAUCUGCAGCCAAAAUGACUUGAACAUCACUCGGAAGAAGCCAAGUUUUUAUGUGCAUAAAACUAAAGCUGCUAUGUUGAAAAAAAUAGUAAAAACUAUGAACCAAAGAAUUUCUGCUGUGAUAACUUUUUGCUUUGUUUGCACUGACUUUAGAAAUGUGAACAUAAUGGUGUGUGUGUGUGUUGGGGAUGGGGGUGUACAUGAUGCAAAUUCUUUCCAUUUGCAUGCUUUAUUUCAAGAACUAGUUUCACAGCCCUCUCCU